ACGGGUUCGAUAUUGCUUCGACUCGUCGUAAAUUCAUAUCAUUUCAACUUUUAUCAUCGAUUUCGCAGUUUGAUUUCUCUUUAUCAAUCAAGAGAAAAGUUGUUUAGAAAUUUUUUUUAAAAAUUUUCUCAGAUUUUUCUCGCUCCUAUCUUAUUUCCAAUUUUCAACCUAACAAAUUGGCCUUUUUUUGAUUUCUUUAUAAACAAGGGAUUGCGUUGUUCUGAUAGACAGAAUAGAGCAUGACGAGGAAACAAACAAUAAUCGUGAAGCUUAAGAGAUCCAGCACCGGCAAACCUUGGGGAAUACGUAUCGCCGGAGGCGCUGAUUUGGGUACGCCGAUCGUCGUCACCCGCUCGGAGAACGAGACGCUCCAAAGGGGUGAUGUGAUCAAGAAAAUUGAUGAUUACGACGCGCGAGAUGUGAGGCAUGUAGACGCCCAGAAUCUUCUUCAAAACUCUGAAUCAAUAAGGCUCGUGAUCGAAAGGUCUGAGCCGUCGAAAGCAUCUCGUAUCAACAUUACCACGUCAUCUUCGAUUUUCGAGUCGAACACUGGCGACAGGGCUGCGGUCACUAGUCUAGCCAAACAACGGAAAUUACCACCGGAAUUACCGAAAAGUCCUGUACCACCGCCUUCCAUCGACGAAUACAAUCGGCCCACAUCUUCACCGGAUCACCUUUACUUGCCACACGAACACCUCGAUGAAGUUCGCGAGGAGAGAGCCUAUUUGUCGCAGCCGUACCGCACAACUCCUCUGGUCUUGCCAGGUGCAAAGAUCAAAAAGGAUGCUCCGCUCGGAGAAUGCUACUUGCGCCAUCAUCCAAAUCCGAUGAUCAGGGCGGCGCCGCAUCAUUACGAACCUGCUCAUCCAGAGGUUGCUAUGAAACAAAAGGUGGCAGAAACGGUACUUCAACGUGUCUUGGGACCGAAUGAAGUUCCAAAGGUUGUCCACAAACAAUUUAACUCACCGAUCGGACUCUAUUCCGAAGAAAAUAUUGCUGAUACUAUAAAAUGCCAAGCAUCUGCUAUACCCAUUUUCAUAGAUUUUUCCUUCGUGAAACAGAAACAAGAAAUAGAAGAACAAGCGAGAAUCUUGAAAGAGCAGGCUAAGGCUGCCUCCUCGAAGAAUGUGUGGCCGCAAUUCAAUAAACCAAAUUAAUAUUCAGUUCGAGACGUUUUUCGAUGCUUCUCGCACGUUGUAUAGUAAAUUCGUAGUUUCAAAUUUUUUCUCGGUUUUCGCAUAAAUCACGUUUUUUGUCUUGAAAUUGUUUCUCUUUCAUCAUUGAAAAUAAUAACUGUAUUAUACAUUUUUUAUUUAUUUUUUUAAUGGGACAAAUGAACGUGACUAUUUGUGAUUGAAAUUUUGAUUAGCGUUCGAUCAAGUAUUUAUUUAUUUGAACGAGUUUUGUUUUAGUUUAUUAUUUAUAAAAUGUUUGUAAAAUAUUAUUAUUUAUUAGGAUUAUGAUACAAUUGCAGUUUGUUUUAUUAAUAAUAUCGAGUAGAGUCGAUAAAGUCGACAUAAAUAUUAGAAAAUAAAUCACAAAAAAAGUUUGUAAAAUAACAAUACUAUACAUUUGCAUGGUGUAUUGUUGAAAAUAAUCAAUAAUUAAUCAUAGUAAAUGUUCAUGUAAAUUAGUAGCCUUACUAAUUUUAUAAUAGUUACAUGUACUUAUAAUGAAAAAGCAUUUCUCGAGAAUUUAUUAUCAAUUAUCAAUGUGAAGCAUUAUAUAACAUAUUUAAUAACUACAAAAAUUAAGAAUUAAAAUCACGCACGAUUCUCGAGAAAAAGCAUCAAGGAUUUAGACAUAUUCAGGACUAAUAAAAAAGGAUUAAUGAAAAAAAGCAUGGAAGCAGUCUGAAAGUCGCUCUCGAACAAAUAAUUGAUGAUAUAACCCUGGCUAAUCGAUUUGACAAAAUCAAGGCAAAUAAAUUAAAAAUAGUCUAUGUAUACAAUGUAAU